AGUUCCUUUGAAUUUCUGCAGCCUUAACGUUGCUGGAUGUGAAAGUGAAAGUAAACCUCUGUGAGGCGACAUCUUGGAAGCGUGGUUGUUGUAUUUUCGAGCUCCACGGAGAAAUCACACUAAAAAAGGCAAAGCUGACUUCAGACCUAUAAAUAUAGGUUUAAUUACACCCUGAUUUCUGUCUCUAAGGAGUUUAGCUCGAUUUCACAGCUGGGACUGUAAAAGCAGAAUGGACGGACGUGUGAUUCAUUUGUGGCUUGUGGGGUUUUUGGCAUCAUCUUGCGGAGCUUCUUCAGAUAGUCUGGUGGUUUUGGUUGGGCCUCCUGUCUCGGUGCACCGUGGCCACACAACCACAUUACCAUGCUGGCUAAAUCCACCGCAAAGUGCUGAGGAUCUGGAGGUACGCUGGUUUCGUGACAAUGACUUUGACAGCCCCAUCAUACUUUAUCAGGGGAAAAAGGUCACUGUAAACCAGGAGGCUUCGUAUGCUGGCCGAGUCUCAUUUGGCUUAAAGGACACAAACUCUGACGGGUUGAAGUCAGGUGACGUGAGCCUGAAGCUGGAAAAUGCCGUGAUUGAAGACAUAGGAGAUUACACCUGUUAUGUAAGCAGCUACCAGGGUUAUGACAGUGCAACUAUUAAUCUCCUUGUAACAGAAACUGGAGCCCCUCCUCUGUUGUCAGCUGUGUGGACAGAAGAUAACAGGGUGAAUGUGAGCUGUGAAUCUGAAGGCUGGUAUCCGAAACCAGCGCUGCGCUGGUUGGACCAGACGCAAGAUCUGACCCCUGGAACUGUGCUCUAUGGCAACGGUUCUUCUGGCCUUGUCUCAGUCAGCAGUUGGGUGCUUGUCAAAAGCUCCUCAGAGGUCUCCUGCUCUAUUGGUGUUCCCAACAAUGCAGCAAAGGAGGCUAGAAUGCGCCUGGAAGGUCCUCCUGCUCAGAAGGAGUCCGGAUCCUCGACGGCUGGAUGGGUGGCCUUCUCACUGCUCCUCGUAGGCAUAAUAUUAGCUGGACUAGCAGUUAUGUACAUCAGAAGGAAAGGGAAGAAAACCAAAUCAGACCGAGGGCAGGGUGACGAGGAUGACCCCCUUUUGCCAAAAGAAAUUUCUGUUCUAUCAGAACUUCAACAGUAUUAUGUAAAUAUUCAACUUGAGGACACAAACAACAGAUACAUCACAAUGAAAGGUACUUUACUCCGAGAUGCCCCUUGUGAUAACUUUCCUGAUGGACAAAACGUCACCUGUCUCACUGCUGUCAAAGGAACAUCUGGGUUCUCCUGUGGACGACACUACUGGGAGGUUUCUUUGAAUAAUCCAAAGCUCGGCCCCAAACAGUCCUGGUGGGUCGGAGUGACAAGUGCAACUAAAAUUCCUCAGAAAUUAGACCCUCCAAACACAGCUGACGGCUUCUGGUUCCUGUCUUCUUCCCCCAACAGAGCAGACAGAUUUCAGUUUAGCACUGAGCCAAAGGUUUUUAUUGGCUGUCCAAGACCGCAGACAGUUGGUGUGUUUUUAGAUUAUGAUGGUGGAGAGCUCUACUUUUAUAAUGUGGAAGAUACAACUCUAAUUGGAUCUUUUAAAGCCACAUUUAGAGGUGAAGUAUUUCCACUUUUCAAUCCUGGGAAAGGUGAUCAAGCACCUCUUGAGAUUUUACACAGGGAAGAAGUGAACCAGUCUGGUGAUGAGAGGGAUUGUGUAGUUUCAGUUGCACAAUAGAUGGAAACCUAACCAGAAUUCAGGAAAUACUGUAUGUUGCUGCAGCAGCUCAUAUUUGUUCAGGCUUUUCUUAUUUGCUAUUUGUGACCCAAAACCAAGUUCUAUAAAAUAUUUUGGCUGAGUUCUGAGAAUUUCAUAUGUUCUGAGCUGGGAAUUUUUCUAAUUUCACCCCCAAAACAACGUCUUACCUGUGAAACCAUUUUAAGGGUUGAAUAUCUCCAAAAAUGCAACUCUUUCAACCACGAGAUUGGUGAGGACACAAUUCAAUUUCAAUUCAGUUUUGUUUAUAUAGCACCAAUUACAAUUCAGAUUGUCUCAAGACGCUUUACAGAACCUAUAUGCCUGAAUACAGCCUUUCACCAAUCUGAAGGCCUCGUCAGUAGAAUUUGAUGUGUAGCAGGUACAGCAAGACAAGGUUCAGGCUUUUUUUUUUUUGCUGCUAUUUCUAUAUGCCAAAAUCAUGAUUUGAACUUGUUGGUAGGGCCACAAAAACUGGUAUAUAUGAUGUUCUAUACGUGCAAAGUUACAAGCUGCUAUAAAAUACCGAAAAACUGAAACCUUGUGUUACCACAACAAAUUCUACUGUUGUUAGAGGCCUCAAAAGUUGAUGAAAUGUUGGUUCAAGACUAUUUUUAGUUGCAAUUAUGGAUACAUCCAUCAAUAUACAUUUGCAGGAACUUUCUGCAGCCCAGUUGCCACUUCUUUUUUUGCACUUUUUUCCAUUUUCAAGCACCAGUAAAUAAAAGUUUGACUUCUGCUGGAACUAUUCAAUCAUUUGGAUCUCCUAAAAAAAAAACACUGGUCUGUGUCCUCAAAUGGCACAGCUGUGGUAGGUAUAUUUCUGGAGACAUUGGAUCCUUAUAAUGGCUUUCCAGUCAAGACAUUUCCUGAGGGUGGAAAUACAAAAGUUCCCAGGUCUGACAAAAAAUAAACAGAAGUCUUAGCCAAAAUAUUUUACAGAACUUAGCUGUGGGUCCCAAAUAACAAACAAGAAAACCACUGAGAGCGUAGUACUCCGCCAAGGCUGCUCAGUCGUAUCGUUUCUGACGGCUAAAAUCUUGAAAAAAAAUUUGUGGCAGAAAUCAUGGCAGCAUAGAAUGUGGCCAUUUAAUAUAAAUGUACCAACAAACAAAAUGACCUUGCGCUGAGCACAGGUUUGUGUUGUGCAUGUGUACGUUACGUACGGAUACGAAUCCCAUGACCUAAAAAUGUAGCAGGCGGCGGGAAUUAAUGGGACUUGGAAACACAUCCACAAUUUAAUCAAUUGUUCCUUGUUUCAUUUCCAAGGGAUAAGUCCCGAUAAGUCCGCAGCGGCCGAUUUGUAGUAGGAUCACAAUCAUGUGAUCAGCAGGCAGCUGACAUAGUGUUCACUUGUCAUACAGUGAUGUCGUGCCGCUAUCUGGGAGUGAUACAGAAAUCUUUAACAAGUCCAUGGAUCCAGACUAUAAGCCGCAUCACUGCCAAAAUCUAAGCAAUUGGCCCUUGUGUCAUUUCUGACUUUCCCUGAAAAUUUCAUCCAAAUCCAUUAUUCCAUUUUUUGAGUAAUGCUGCUAACAGACAGACAAACGUACGCCGAUUGUCACAUAACUCUGGCGGUUCCUUGGAGGAGUAAUAAGUAAACUCUGAAAAGCGAAAAUUCUGACAUGGUGGCGCAACACGCUAACUGAAAUGACACUAGCUGACCCUACUCCCAUUUCAAGAAGCUGGUUGAAUGCUUUUUAAUGUUUCAGCAUUGUCCUGUGCUGAAGAGAAAUCAGGGAAGUGAGUAUUCUGAACUUAUAGAUUUUUUCAUACACAUUUUUCAGCAGCAAACUGUACACACUUGAGUAAUGAAGGAUGUUGUCUAAAGGGAUUAUGUAAGUGGCAUAAUUAUCGGCAGCUUUGUGACACAUUUGAAAUAGCUAAACAACUGAGACGUGACCGAUGGAGAAUCAAGGGUUUUGUAGCAAAUAAUCGACGGGGAUGCAGUAUUACGGUUACGGUUUCUAUGAGGCUCAGGCACAGGAAAGGAGAUGGAGCACGAGGGUUUAAAACAAUGGCUUUUUUACAGAAAGUAAUACACAAGCAUACAAGACCUACAAAGGAAACCAGAAAACUACAACCGGAAGUAUACCAAGAAACAAUAUUGUCAAAGACACUAACACUAUGAACUCCCCUAGUGAACGGGAGGAAAAUUACACAAUAAGCUAUCAGGCAGGUAAGAACAAACCCACGGAAGGUAACGCCUAGGCAGGCUCGAGGUAUAGGGAGAACUAGACAGCAAAGGAAUACUAACCUGAGAUAUACAACAAUCAGAAGAGUGACACUAAGCACUCAGAAAAAAAAAACUAAUCCAGAAGAAUUUAAAAUUCACAAGACAGGGUGAUACGAGAAAUACUAACACAAUCUGAGAACACGAAUAAUUCUACAAGCUAGAUUAAUACAAUUAAAUCUAAGACUAAUACGGGCUACACUAGCAACAAGAAUUCAGUCUGGAUUUGCAGGAGACUGGGACUUAGCUGAGUAGAACAGGUGGAGAGUGGAAGGGUUUGGGAUACUGGGGUUUCUCCAGGCCAGGAGGGAGCUGGGUGUUAGGAACCGGAACAGCUGGAGGGACCUCGGUGGUUGGCAGGUGGCGUGCAGAGGAGCAGACUGAAGUCGAGAGGCAGGGGAUCCAGGGAACGGACGAUAGCUGGCUAUGGCAGGCAAAAACCAGGAGAGGCACGAGCAGGCGGGAAUACAGACUAGAAGAAAACAAACACAAGUUACUAAGAGCUCAGAAGCCAGGGAGCAGGACUGAACUGAACAGAGAACUGACUGGUGAUCAUUCACGGUCUGGCGACGAGUGGCUGUGGCGUCUGUAUUUAUUGCAGCUGGGGAUGUCUUGAUUGGCUUGAUUCCACCUGCUCAUGCUCAGCUCCUGUUGAUUACCAAUGACUAGCACCUGCCGCCACAGCCUGUGUCACACACACCUAAAAAAGAAGAAAGGGCGGGGAAAGGGGAGAGAGCUACCUGGAGAUGCAGGCGUAACAUUAACUGCAAAAGAACCCAUUAACCUCGAGUGCCACUGUAUUGUAGACCUGCGACCUACCUCAGGUGUCCAGGAGUAUAAGAUAUAAAGUGGUCAGAAAAAUUCAAAAACUUGAUCGCAACUUAAAGAUUCACAACUUUAAGAGCCAAAACAUACGUGAAAAUUAACUUUUACAGACUUUAUGGACAAAACAGCACUCCAUCACAUGUAUCUAAGUAAUCCACUGCUUGGCUCAAAGGCCUCAAAGAUGACUGAAUAAUGACUCACUCGUUUCUCACUGACUGGAAUCUUUUUGAGAACUUGAAAUGACGUUGAUGGUAAUGGGAGAUGAUAUAUCUCUAAGCAGCAUUUUAUGAGACUCUGUUUGCUGCGUUGGUGAAAGUAAAGAUACCAAGAAUCUGACACACCACAGAUGGCAGUUAUUGAACAGGAGAUUGGUUCUAAUGGUGUGACAUUUACGAUACAUUUUUAUAAUAAAAAUGGGAGGGACAAAACUCACUUUCCCUUCGUUAAACAUUAAACUUCGAGGUACAGUUAAAUUUUUAAUGAUCUGAACGCAUAGUAUUUGUUAAACCCAAUUAUUCUGAUAUAAUUUGUUUCAUAAUUUCGCACACUAUCUACACACUACUGUAGCUACCAAACCAAGACCCGGUCAUUGUUUUUACUUUUAUAUUAUCGUAAAUAUUUGUGUGUAAUGUGUAUAUAUAAUUCAUGUUAAAAAUGAAAGUCGUAUUAGCUCAAAUGACACACCGGAUUGACAAAAUGAUCCGUUUUAUCCGUUUAGCAGCAUGUGGCAUUUUAAAGUAAUUAUAGUUAAUAUUUUGUUAAGUCCAGUAUGCUUAUUCACUUUGAUGCUUGCUGUGUGGUAAAUAUGUAGCUGGAGCUGGCAGCCUGUUAGCUUAGCACAAAAACUGGAAGCAGGGGAAAACAACUAGCAUUGCUCUGUAUGAAUUUUAAUGUCUAACAGAUGUUUAGACACUUUUUGUGGGAUUUAACAAGCAACAUAUAUACAUUCAGUGAGCUUUUGGGAUUCUGGUAGGUCAACUUUGUUACCUGGAGACUAAACCUACCUGUUUGAUCUAAGCUAAUCAGCUGCUGGCUGUAGCAACCAACAGGUGAAUUUUCGAAAUCCAUUGCUUUAAGUGUCUCUUUGUUGGUCGUCUUGAGGUAAAAUGCAAACCAUGACUGAUGUUCUGAUCGAGUUUCAAUCUGAUACCAUUUUUCUAGACAGUACACACAUUGAGUUCAUUGAAGCUAUUCAAAACAAUCCAGUGUAGAUGCUUGACAACUGAGUGGCAUCCAUGCUGUUCCUCAAUGUUCUAUAGGUGGUCAGGAACUAUGGCUGCACAAGCUCAAACAUGGUGAAAACCUAUACUCUCUACAUGCAUGUCAAAAAAUGUAUUGUCGAUUAGCUGUAGUACCUGGUUAUUCCACCAGAUGGAACCUCCUACAGUUUAUUUCUGUAGAGUCCAGAGGAAUUGGUCAUUCGGAGUUCAUGUUGUCAAGCAGAGAGUGUUGUGGGGGUUUUAGGUAGCAACAGGUACCAAUGACAGAGACUUUUGGGACAGUUAAUGACCUCCAGGCAGAGCUCAUGUGUUUAAGACAAUCUGGGAUCAACUGCAACACAGUUUUUAUAUCUUAGUGAUGUGUGGAACAGAGCUGUGAUCAGUCGUGAUCACAAUCUGAGCUAUAACAGGACAUCCCUACAUACCACAUAAUGUCAUGCCUCUGGUUUGUUGUGACAUGCCUCUUAGUCAGCAUUGUUUGGAGUUCAUAUGACCACAUUGCUACAUCAGUGUGAUCUUUGAGACUUAAAUAGUUCUGCUGUGUCUACAUUUCAAUAAUUUCCUUUUAUAUAGAAAGUGCUAUCCAGUACUGUAAGUUUUAUUGACUUUUCUUAUUGAUGUGAAGCUAUUAAAUGCUGUUAUGUAUUAAUUUACAAUAAGCUGUUGUUAAGGUACUCAUUACAACAUGUAUCAUCAUGUUGUCAUUUCUUGUGCUUACAUACUUCCUUUAGCAUCUUGACUCUGCAGUUUUUAUAACAAAAUGUAAACGUUUCUUGCCUUGUAACCUAAAUAUCAUAGAGGUACUUAUUUACAUUUCAAAACAUUGUUUUCACAAUCUGAGUAGGACAAAUGUGAACAUCUACUCUCAUUUCUUAAAUUGCUUUGCUGCAUACGUGUGGAAUUUUAAAUUAAUUUAAAGUGGAUUUAUUUUUAACAUGUGUUCCUGGUACAGUAUAACUGUGUAGCGGUAAACAGUUCUAACUUGUCUGGUGUUUUAACUACUGUACAUGUCUGAUGACGAGAACGUUGCCUGGUCUUGGUGUUUUGAAUUUAAGUCCAACUCAGUAACUGAUAAGUUGUAGUAACACACCUGUGGAGGGCGCCGCAGGUGUCUCAGGUGAACUGACUGAAGCAGGAAUGACGCGUGAAAGGUGUGUUAUUGCCACCUACUGGACUGUAAUAUGAAACACUAGAUUGUCAGAUAAAAAGGAAAAAGAAGCGAAAUUAAAUUCUCUAAAAUAAUCCUGUUUCCUUGAGGUACUUACUGUAAUUGGGUGACUGUAUAUUCACCAGGUGUCCCAAUCUGCUAAAUCUAUUAAAUGGGUCACUUGUUAAAAAAACUCGGAGAUGAGCCAUGAUUGUGAAUCCCUCCACUUAACACCUCCUAUUACUAGAACACUACUAUUAUUUAGAUUCUUUUUGUCUUCCUCUGUUUUUUACAGAACAGUUUAUCAACCACGAAUACAGAGAGAAAUAUGGUUAUCAUUUCUGUACCUAAAGAUGCAUUUGACAGAAAAUAUACACGAGUUGUUUAAUUGUUUAAGUGCAAAAUCAUUGCCGACAGCAAAUGACACAUAUUUGUACUUUUAACGGGCUUAUUGUACAGGCCAGUGAUGGUCAUCGUUGAUUUAAACAGUGUGAUGUGCUUCUUUAAAUAAAAAUGCUACUGGCAAACUUU